GAUGUUUAUUUAUCGUCUUAUCAAGAACAAUAAUCGCUUUCCGAUGAAUUCCCUUUUUUCAUCUACUCGUAGGUUUUGUCAUAAAGUUGAACUUGGAGUGAACAUUUACAAUAGUAAACUGAAACGUAAAGUGCCAUUAAUAUUGCGGAAUCCUUUGUAUUCAUCAUGGUAUACAUGUGGCCCCACGGUAUAUGAUUCUGCACAUAUUGGUCAUGCUUGCACUUUCGUUCGUCUUGAUAUCAUUCAGAGAAUCUUGAGAAGUCAUUUUAAUGUGAACCUAGUGACGUGCAUGAACAUUACAAACAUCGAUGACAAAAUCAUUCAGAAAGGCAAUGAAACGGGACGAAGUUGGAAAGUUAUAGCUGAAGAAUAUGAACAAGAAUUCUGGCAAGACUUAAACAGCCUUAACAUUAUUCCUCCAGAUAUAAAACUUCGAGUGACUGAUAAAAUACCUGAAAUUUUGAAGUUUAUUGAAGGCAUUGAAGCAAAAGGAUUUACCAAAGUAGGAAAAGACAAUUCAGUUUAUUUUAAGAUUUCAAAUUACAAUAAUUAUGGAAAAUUACAAAAUAUUUCCCAAGACAAUUCAUCUACUGAUGUUGACUUUGCACUUUGGAAAUCAGAAAAGCCAAAUGAACCUUCAUGGGAUUCCAAAUGGGGAAAAGGACGUCCUGGAUGGCAUAUUGAAUGUUCAACACUAGCAAGUCUAGUUUUUGGAAAGAAUCUCGAUUUUCAUGCUGGUGGCAUAGAUUUAAAGUUUCCUCAUCACGAGAACGAAGAAGCUCAAAGUUGCGUCUAUCAUUCAGUUGAUGAUUGGGUGUCAAAUUGGAUCCACACUGGACAUUUACAUUUGGAAGGUCAAAAAGAUAAAAUGUCGAAGUCCCUCAAAAAUACUGUUUCGAUUAGAGAAUUCCUACAAGAUAAUUCGAGUGAUCAAUUCCGAGUGGCAAUUUUAUUAUCGCAUUAUCGAAAUCUUAUUGAAUUCGGUCCCGAAUUGAUGAAAACUGCUGAAAUGUUUCUAAAUAGAAUUAAAUCAUUUCGAGAAGAUUCAACAGCGUUCAUAAAUGGAUUAAAACCUAAUGGUUCAAUUGAUGUAGCAGAAUUGACAAUAACAUUUGAAAAAAGUAGGAAGGAAAUUGAUUAUUUCCUUAGAGAUGAUUUCAACACGUCUAGAGCACUUGGACAGAUUGUCGAGCUUAUAAAUACGACGAAUAAAAUGGUCAAUAGUCAUUCCGAAAUUAAAGAAACCUCAGAUAGUGAGAAAACAAUCGUUCAAGGCAUUGUAAACUAUGUAAACGAAAUUUUGAAUACGUUUGGUGUUGGUCAAGGCGAACCAACUUUCAGCUCAACAAACGUUAAAAUGGAAAAUCUGAUUAAUUCAAUAAUUAAAGUUCGUAACGACAUUAGACUCAAAGCGAGAGAAGAAAAGAACAAAGAAAUGUAUAAAAUUUGUGACUCAAUACGUGACACUCUUGAGGAAAAUUCUGUUAUUGUGAAAGAUCACGGAAAUGUAUCUUCAUGGAAUUAUAUAAAAAAUAAACAAUAAUAAGAAAUUUCAAUAUUUCUGUUAUGAUUUU